GGCGCCUGGAAACCGGUCGGAGAGAGCGCGGCGCGGCGAGGCGAGGGGCGCGGGCUCGAGGGGCCGGCACCAAUGGUCAGGCGGCGGCGGCGGCGGCGGAGGCGGUGGCGGCAGUAGUUGGAGGCGGUGGCGGCAGUAGUCGGAGGCGGUGGCGGCAGUAGUUGGAGGCGGUGGCGGCAGUAGUUGGAGGCGCGGCGGCCGCUGCCGCGGGUGCGGGCAUAGCUGCGCGCCGCAGCCGCGCGAGUGGCGGCCGGGGUUGUCCCGUCCCUGCCCGCCGCUCCCUUCAUGAGUCGCAAGUUUGGUCCGGGAGGAGCAGCAGCGGCGGAGGCGGGGCGGCAGGAGCCCGGCCAGGCAGUCGGCACCGACUGAGCAUGGCCGAGCGGCGCGGGCCAGCGGCGAGCGGCGGCAGGGAAGUUGGCAGGCGGCAAGCGGGCGGUGGCUGGUGCCCGCGGCUGCCGCCGCCGCUGCUGCUGCUGCUGUGGGCGGCGGCGCUGCCGGCCGGGGGGCAGUACAACGGUGAGCGGGGCAUCUCCAUCCCGGACCAUGGCUAUUGCCAGCCCAUCUCCAUCCCGCUCUGCACAGACAUCGCCUACAACCAGACCAUCAUGCCCAACCUGCUGGGCCACACCAACCAGGAGGACGCGGGGCUGGAGGUGCACCAGUUCUACCCGCUGGUGAAGGUGCAGUGCUCGGCCGAGCUCAAGUUCUUCCUCUGCUCCAUGUACGCCCCAGUGUGCACCGUGCUGGAGCAGGCCCUGCCUCCCUGCCGCUCCCUUUGCGAGCGGGCCCGCCAGGGCUGCGAGGCCCUCAUGAACAAGUUUGGCUUCCAGUGGCCCGAUACACUGCGCUGCGAGAAGUUCCCGGUGCACGGGGCCGGCGAGCUCUGCGUGGGGCAAAACGCUUCCGAGCGCGGUACCCCCACGCCCGCCCUGCGCCCCGAGAGCUGGACCAGCAACCCCCACCGCGGGGGCACCGGCAGCAGUCCCGGGGGCAUGGGUCCCGGCGAGCCCCACGGGCGCUUCUCCUGCCCACGGGCGCUGAAGGUGCCCUCCUACCUGAACUAUCGCUUCCUGGGGGAGAAGGACUGUGGGGCGCCCUGCGAGCCUGGCCGCCUCUAUGGACUCAUGUACUUCGGGCCUGAGGAGCUGCGCUUCUCCCGUACCUGGAUCGGCAUCUGGUCGGUGCUCUGCUGCGCCUCCACCCUCUUCACUGUCCUCACCUACCUCGUGGACAUGAAGCGGUUCAGCUACCCCGAGCGGCCCAUCAUCUUUCUCUCAGGCUGCUACACGGCAGUGGCUGUGGCCUACAUCGCCGGCUUCCUACUUGAGGAGAGGGUGGUCUGCAAUGAGCGCUUCGCAGAGGAUGGCUCCCGCACUGUAGCACAGGGCACAAAGCGGGAGGGCUGCACCAUACUCUUCAUGAUGCUCUACUUCUUUGGCAUGGCCAGUUCCAUCUGGUGGGUCAUCCUCUCCCUCACCUGGUUUCUGGCUGCUGGCAUGAAGUGGGGCCACGAGGCCAUUGAGGCCAACUCCCAGUACUUCCACCUGGCUGCCUGGGCUGUGCCAGCCAUCAAGACCAUCACCAUCCUGGCUCUGGGGCAGGUGGAUGGGGACGUUCUCAGCGGUGUCUGCUUUGUGGGCAUCAACAACGUGGAUGCCCUGCGGGGCUUUGUGCUGGCCCCCUUGUUUGUCUACCUGUUCAUCGGCACCUCCUUUCUGCUGGCUGGCUUCGUGUCCCUCUUCAGGAUCCGGACCAUCAUGAAGCAUGAUGGCACCAAGACAGAAAAGCUGGAGAAGCUCAUGGUGAGGAUAGGCAUCUUCAGCGUCCUCUACACAGUGCCAGCCACCAUCGUCAUUGCCUGCUAUUUUUACGAGCAAGCUUUUAGGGAACAGUGGGAAAGGAGCUGGGUCACGCAGAGCUGUAAGAGCUAUGCCAUCCCCUGCCCCAGCCACAGCAGCCACCACCCAACCAUGAGCCCUGACUUCACUGUCUUCAUGAUCAAGUAUCUCAUGACCUUAAUCGUGGGCAUCACCUCGGGCUUCUGGAUCUGGUCUGGAAAAACACUGAACUCCUGGAGGAAGUUUUACACCAGGCUCACCAACAGCAAGCAGGGUGAAACCACUGUCUGAGACCCCUGCCAGCUGGGCCAGGGGGUGUGGCAGGGGGGUGGCUGGAGGUCGGGGAGCUCAGCAUUGGAAAAGAGCUCCUUAUCAAGCCCGGGCAAACUUUGGGGACUAAGAGUUGCUUCAGCAGGCUGCGGGGAGCAGAGGAAGAGUCAGUGAGGGAUCCCUGCGCCUGGGACUGCUCAACUGUGCCUCCUGGUUGCUCUCGGGCUGUCUCCUGUGGGAAACGAACGCACUGUCAGGUUGAGGGAGAGGGAUGUAAAUAGCCUCUGUAAGAUUUUGUAAGUAUAUUUGUAUUUAAAUUACAUAAAUAUAACUUUUUUUAAUUAUAUAGGACACUUGCAACCCAUUUGCGGAUUUUACUUCCUUGCCCCCCUCUCCUUUUUUUAAUUAAAGAAGCGUUGUAUUUUUGUUUCGUACGGUGGGAUGGGAAAAGCUGUUGGUAAGAGAAGCCAAACCAAACCCCUUUCCCCCGAGCCCCCCAGGUUUUGUUACGGCUUUGCUGGAGUUCGGGCGGCUUGAGCAGCAGGGCUCGGAGCGAGGCGCUGCCGGCGGCGCUUCCUGAGGUGGGAUGGGUCCCGCGCUGCGGGCCCUGGGCCCCAGACCCGGCCCGCACGACGGCUGUGGCAGGCGACGCGGGCAGGGGCGCCGUUUCCCUCGCCGACCCCGUGGCAGGAGGACGGACCCCCGCGCAGCCACGGUACUUUACUUCGCCUCGCCUCAGCCGGCCGUGGCGGAGCCGAGCCCCGCUGACCCCGGCAGAACCAUGUGAAACGACACCCAGCCCCUGCCCCGAGGUAUGCCCGGCCUGUCUCCGGAGGGAGUGUCUCCCUGCCCCGCCUGGGCGAUCGGCCGACGGCUACACUGUCACAGUUUAAUGAGAUUUAUUUAAAUACACCAGAUAGUUUAGGAGGAGUUGGCUGGUUUUGUUUUAGGAGUUGAGGUUUAUCACCAUCUGCACCUGUAGCAGACCCGAUGGCUUAGGAGGUGAUGUGGACACUAUAAACUUUUGAGGUGUUUUUUUAAGCACCUUGUCAGUGCAAGAUCUGGGUGGUAGCGAGGGAGUGGGGCUGCUCCCAGAGGGGCUCCCACUGCCCUCGGCCGAAAAAGAGCUUCAUCAGAAUAACAUGCAGAAUUCAGAUUUUUUUUUUCCUAUAAUUAUAUCCAUACACUUGGAAAACAUUGGAGCCAUUGCCAUUCCCUUGAAUUUUAAUUCGUUGACAUUUAAUCCAUUACACAUUAUAAGUGUGUGAUGAUUUUUGCCAGUAGUAAAAACGAAGGGAAAACAGAAAACCAGAAUGUUAAAGCACUCUGGUAGGAUUAAGACCAUAAAGAGCCUCUGCUGUCUUUCCCCCCCACCUCCCCUUUUGUUUAUUUGUUUGUUACAGUGAUAUUGCAUGCUGCAAUGGUACAAUACUAUGUGUGCAGUAUGCCUCUUACUUUGUAUGCUCCUGGGUGUGUGGGAUCGUGCUGCUCAAAAAAAAAGGUUAAAAAAUAAAUUGUAACUUUCAACAGAUGAGUUUGAAUAGUUAGUAUUCUGUAUGAAAAACAGCAGAAUGCUUCUCACCUGAUUGUAGUGUUUUAAACUUUUUUUAUAUAUAUA